GGGUUUAAUGCCACUCAGUUCUGUCUUUCUCCCUGCCGGGCGGCUGCUUCCAUUGAAUUUCCAAAAACCUUUUCGUUUCUCUCUCAAAACCCUAAUUCUCCACCGAACGCCUUGCACUACUGAAGCUUCAAACUCCCUAGUCUUCCGAGCAUAAAUUUUCUGCUUCAGGUUUUGCAUUAAUGGAAGACUCUUUAGGGCAAAAGCACAAACCUCAGGAGUUCACUCUUGUUUCGAUUUCUGAGCUUGCUUCUUCGUCUUCCUCAUCGUCCUCUUCUUCCUCACCGGUGGUCGCGCGGUUCUGCGGCGAUUCCGGUGCGGCAGAGCUUCGGUUACGGCAGGAAACCGAUUCUGAUGACCUUGCUUUCGAUCUUCGGACUUCUCAGAUAUUUCGGUUAGGACCUGUUCAGUCAGUUUGCAUUUCCGAAGGCGAUGCCAGGGAAGUGAAAUCUCAUUCCAGAGGAGUUACCAUUCAAUUUAGAAAUGAGGAAGAGAGCAGUGCGUUUCAUUCUGCUUUUGAUCAGAGGAAGAAGGAUAAUAUUGUCCAAGGGACCACCCCUUUACCAAAUGGUGAAAUUUCCUUCUUAAAAAGCAAGUUCGAUGAUAAAAUAGAAUCGUCGUCUGCUAAGAUGUACUUCCACUACUAUGGACAACUUCUUCACCAACAAAAUAUGUUGCAGGAUUAUGUGAGGACAGGGACAUAUUAUGCAGCAGUAAUGGAAAAUCGUGCUGACUUCACAGGCCGAGUGGUUGUUGAUGUUGGUGCCGGUAGUGGUAUCUUGUCGUUAUUUGCUGCUCAGGCCGGUGCAAAGCAUGUUUAUGCUGUGGAAGCAUCUGAAAUGGCUGAGUAUGCUCGUGUAUUAAUUGCAGGGAACCCUGCCUUGAGUCAACGAAUCACAGUAAUUAAAGGCAAAGUUGAAGAUGUAGAAUUACCUGAGAAAGCAGACAUUUUAAUCUCAGAGCCAAUGGGCACCUUAUUGGUCAAUGAAAGAAUGCUAGAGUCGUAUGUGAUCGCAAGGGAUCGUUUUUUGCACCAAAAUGGAAAGAUGUUCCCAACAAUAGGAAGGAUUCACAUGGCACCUUUCAGUGAUGAAUAUCUAUUUGUUGAAGUAGCUAACAAGGCACUCUUUUGGCAGCAACAAAACUAUUAUGGUGUUGAUUUGACAGCCUUGCAUGGAUCAGCAUUUCAAGGCUAUUUUUCUCAGCCGGUGGUGGAUGCUUUUGAUCCAAGAUUAUUGGUGGCCGCUUCAAUGUCUCAUGUUUUAGACUUCACAAAUAUCAAGGAAGAGGAAUUGUAUGACAUAGAUAUUCCUCUGAAGUUCGUUGCUUCCGUGGGUGCCAGAAUCCAUGGAUUGGCCUGCUGGUUCGAUGUUUUAUUUAAUGGCAGCACCGUGCAGAGAUGGCUUACCACUGCCCCAGGUGCCCCGACAACCCAUUGGUAUCAGUUACGUUGUGUUCUUUCCCAGCCUAUUUAUGUCAUGGCAGGACAGGAAAUUACUGGUAGACUUCACAUGGUUGCUCACAGUGCUCAGAGUUACACGCUUUAUUUGACUCUAUCAGCCAAAAUGUGGGGACCUGGUGCCGAGCAAGGAGGAAUACUUCAGUCGUCUUCGUGCAAACUUGACCUGAAAGAGCCCUACUAUAGAAUGUCCCAACCACAAGUCUACCCUGUAGCUCAAGAUCAGCAACACCAGCUAAUUCCGCCACAGGACGUACCAAUUCAACCACAGGAUUUAGAAGAUGCAGAUCUGAUGCUACAGGCAUCACCUAACUCGGGGGCUCCGCUCAAUUCAUUGAUAGAUUAAGGUUUAAAUGUUCAAGAUGUCUUCGAAGUAGUUUGGCUUUGCAUUUGGUGACAAGAACUAUGCAGAAGUGUUCUUGUUCCAUCUCUAACCUCCUCCCAGUCAGUGAGGCCAACCAUUGAUUAUGCUUCCACAGUGAGAUUGUGUACAAUUUAAUCAUGAUUCAAUUACGUUAAACAAUAAUCAUAUCUUGUUUGCUGCAAAGUUUUCUUCCUUCUUCGAUAUUGUAUUAUUUGGAGGCUUUUCCACAACACGAGCCUGAUGGAUGAUGAUGUAGUUCCAUUUUUUUUUUC